AUGGAACUCAACCGAGAAGAUUUUCGCGCCAUAAUUUAUUACAACUUUCAGAGACAAUUAUCGCAACAAGAUGGCCUUGCUGAGUUACUGUCUGUUUUGGGAAACGAAGCGCCACAUCAGUCGACAAUUUCCCGUUGGUAUGGAGAAUUCAAACGUGGACGGGUGAGUCUUAGCGACGAUUUCAGCGUGGGCGCACCAAAAACGGCAGUCGCCCAGGAAAACGUCGAUGCUGUGCGCAAUCUCAUCAUUGAAGAUAGACAUAUGACAUAUCGCGAGAUUGAGGCGUCCUUGAAGAUCUCAAAUACCUCAAUUGAAAAAAUUUUACAUGAAGAAUUAGGAGCAAGAAAAUUAGUUUCUCGUUGGAUACCCCACCUGUUGACUGAAGAGCACAAAUCAGCCAGGGUUAAUUGCGUUGUUAGUGGUGAUGAAUCGUGGAUUUCCUGUUAUGAACCAGAAAAUAAACGACAGUCGGCUGUUUGGGUGUUCCAAGGUGAAGAAAAGCCAACAACGGGUCAUACUGCAACAAUUCGUCUUAAUGAGCAAAGAACUGCUACUGCGGAUUGGUAUAUCACCAUUUGUUUACCAAAACCCAAAAAAACAAGGCAGUAUUUAACGGAAGAAAACGUGGAAUUAUUGGACCAUCCUCCAUAUAUUAACACAUUCAAAAAGGCCGGUUUGGAUCUGCCAGCAAACGAGUGGAAUAAGUGCUACGACAAUUGGUUCGAACGCAUGCAGAUGUGUAUUAAUCUUCGUGGAGAAUAA